AUGGCAGAUCCCAUAAGCAUCAUCGCAUCUGCGCUCACCAUCGGCGCAAGUGCAGCGCAACUUUCGCUCGCUCUCUUCAGCGUAGUUCAAACGCUCAAGAAUGCACCCCGAGAGAUAGCGGAAAUUGCGGAGGAGAUAUCCUUACUUGCGGAAAGUUUGCAAACGCUUGCAGAUAUCAUUCGUGCUCACCAGAACUUGUGCAAACCCGCACUCUUCCAAAAUACUCAUCUGAUCAUACUUCGAUACAAGCAAGUCGAUGCGGAAAUAAAAAAACUCAUUGAUACACCUCAGAAGCUAGCAGGUCUGAAGUGGUUAAUAAACAAGCCCAAGGCAAAAGGUCUCCUUAAGAAAGUCGAAGGAAUCAAGACUGCCCUUAUUCUGGAACUGAACAUUGUUCGUCUUGCAAGGGAGGAGAACACUCGGCCACCAGCAUAUUCCAAAGUGGGCCCCAGCGCUCAAGCCCAGAGUCUCCCAGAGUUCAAUCGGUUCCGUAAGAUUGUAGAAAGCGCUGUCCAGGCAAACCGGCAAGUGGUGGAGAGUGCGCAGCAGGAAGACGACAGUUCUGAGGCUGGCAAACGACAUUACACCACUGCAGAAAUAGACGUGUGGAAAGAAGGGUCUUUCGACACUGCUACAUGGCUCUAUCAUUUUGUGUUUAGCUCUGAUGACAUAAUUUCUCGACCAGUACCGAAUCCGCGAACACGUCGGCUGCACCAAGCAUCUGUUACAGACGAGAGUGCAGAGAUAACUGAGAGAAGCGCUCACUCCUCAUCCUCUGAAGAUGACACUACGCCCAAAAGGCGUUCCUCGGGUUCAGAUGAGAAGGCCAUGAUCGUUUGGAGCAGGCAGACGGAGCCUGCUCUAGUAGUAGACCGACUACUCUCUUCAUGGACCACGCUCACUUCCGAUCAAAUCCGUCUUAGCUCGGCCCGUCACGAUGGCGAUGACUGGAGGGAAGGAGUCCUGAGGAUGGUAGAAGAGGCAAAAAAGGAGGACGAACUAUCUUUUGAUCAGUGGGAACAGCAAAACGAGCCUGUCAGGUCCGAUGAUGAAGAAUUCCAGAGUGCCGAAGAGGACAGUACUGUCGGCGUCAACGUGCCUACGUACAACUUCCGUGAUAACGCUCAACGCGCCCGUAAACGGAACACGAAGACAUCUAAUCAUACUGACCCAUGGGCGUAUACAUACGGAUCGUCCCCAACCUACGGCGACGCCAGACCUAGGCGAAAUGUGGCAUUUCGGGAUGUAACACCACCAAGUCGUCCCCGCCCACGUCCGACUAAACAGAGGAGGCAUACAGAGAAGCUGCAACCUGUAGAUGCCGAAGUCAGAAGUUCUUCAUCCAGAGUUCACACAAUUCAUAGUGAUCAGACGGAUUUGGGUUUCAACGCACCCAGCCAGGACUUGCCCAAGACUUUCGACGUCCAUAACAUAAAAACUUCUGGCCACUCGAAUCCCUUUAGAGCUGUCCACGUCCCGCCGCCCGUCAAUUAUGGAUAUAUACCGCCUUGGCAGGAGGCUUCACCGAUACCCCCAGUGCCUGUGUACUAUCAAGCCCCGCCAAGACAAACAUAUAGACCCGCUGAUUCGCAAUGGUCGUUCCCGCCUCCACCUCCAAGUCCUCCCCCAGCCGCUGCCCCAAGUCCGCCUCCAACAAAGCAUGCCCAAUCCGUAGAGGUGCAAUCCACGGUACCAGAAAUAGAGGCUAAAGAGAGGGCCAUCAUUGCCGCGGUAGAGAAACUACUUGAGAAGCGCAACCAUGAAUCCCAAAGCGAGUAUAAAGACCCACACUUUUCGAGGUUAGCACAAAUAUUAGCCGUACAACAAGAGCGCGAGGCGCAAAGCGAACGAGAUCGAGCUAAUGCAACAACUGAGACGUAUAUCAAACAAAUGCAGGACGCGCAUGAGAAAGACGAGGAGAGAAUACAGCGACUCGAAAGUCUCAUAGCAAACGAACGGGCAGAGCAAAGACGUAUGGAGGCUAUAUGGGAAGAGGGAAGGAAAACCAUGGAAGAAAAAGCCGCAAAACAAGUCGAAGAAGUAAGAAGUCUAGCAGCAAAAGAAGUUGCGGCAGCACAGCUGGCCAAAGAUGCAGCCCAAACAGCUCUCAAUAUUGAAAAGCUAGAAGUCGAAAAGAAAGCACGAGAAAGAGCGGAUGCCAGAGUACUGGAAGAGAGGAAAAGGGCUGAUGAUGCUUAUAAAUUGCAGUCGCAGCGCCACGAGCAGCUACUUCGCGAACUACAGGAGCAGCAGCUGAAAUCGGAGCAGAACAACGACCGACCCAUACGACGCACUCGCAUCGCGGAAGGCAGCCGCAGCGUGGAUGUUACAGAAUAUCUGACAGGCAGGAGGGCUCCUUCUUUGAUUUCAUCUUCUCCAGCAUUCCCGGAUAAAUUUGCACGCUUGGACAUGAAGCCUGAUAGAACGUACGACCAAUAUUGGUCCCAACGGACUUCCCGUCAUGACAGCUUUCGCAGUUCAGCGGCAUCUCUGCAGUCUUCACGCGCCUCUUUGGGAAGUACAAGCGCUUCCAAUACCAACUCAAAAUCUCAGCAAAUGAUCGUCUUCCCAACCAAAGCCGAUAGAAACUCCCGGAAGAUAGCGGAGUUACAGACAUCUCUGGCUAGAUUUGGGAUCGGCUCCGUGUUUGAAGAUCCCGAAGAAUUACAAUCCUUGCACAUCGGUCAACUGGUACCGUAUAAGUACGACGAUGAAAGCGACCAGAUUGUUAGGAGUACUAUUUUUUGGGAAGCGUCGGUGCUUAGCUUGGGGAGUGAGCUUCUACUAACAAUGAGGCAAGCUGGGUGGAAACCAUCCUACACUCGUAUAUCAGAAAAAGGUCAAACCCACUAUCUGGGAAAUCAGCCGGUGCAUACCUAUUUCUUCAGUCCUGACUACGAACCGCAGUUUUGUUCAUCAACAAAAGCUUCAGCCAACGAAUCGAUCACCAUCCAAAAAGCCUUGGUGGAAGAAUAUGCACUGAAAGAACUGGGCUUCCAGUUCCAAGUCAAAGAGACAGGGAUUUACAUCCUCGAUGGUAGAUUGACAUAUAACGACAUCGAGACUCUAAUUGAGCGAUCAUUCUUGAUGAGAGAAAAUGACUACCGAAGAUUACACCGGGGACUACAAUGGCAUUUCGACAAGGAUCCAGAAGUACCCCUGAGUGCCUACCCGGCAACAUAUGCACCGUCACUACCUUCAACCUCAUCCAUGUAUUCGGGUGAUAACUCCACAGUUUGCGAGGACACGGACACAGAGACUCAAAGCAGAAUGAGCUCUGCCGCCUCCGAUGCCGAUCAAUCUGAUAUGGGUGAUGUCAAUAACUAUCCUUUCCCUCGUUCUGAAGGUUCAGGAAGAUCAGUAGCGCCGUCUUCCGUGGCUUCACGGGCCUCAAAAUCGACAAACCCAUGGGGAAAGUACUUAAGAGUUACGGCACACACGGGUAUCGACAACGCUAUAAGGUUGUCUGAUCCUGCAAAUCCCAUUGAUUAA